UUCCCCCUGUCCUCCAUCGGCACCGCCGACGACUCAGAUCGCGACUCCGUUAAGCAUGAGAGCCGCGCUCAAUCGCCGUCAGCUUCCAAUAUGCCCCCAUCAAAGCGCCGUCGUACAGGGGUAGCUUCUUGGGACCGCCACACCCCCAUGUCCUCUCUCCAAGACGAAGUCCCGCCUCCCCCUUCGCCAACAGCUUCAAUCUCCUCCGACACCUCCGGCGAAAUCCCCAACUCCCCUCUCCUCUUCGGUGCUGCGCUGGGCGGCAACACCCAAGAGGAUGAUUAUAGCGGCCAGAGCGGCGAUCAAGUAACCGUGUGUCUAUGGGAUGGAUGCACGGCAGGUGACCUCGGCAAUAUGGAUGGCCUGGUACAACAUAUCCACAACGAGCAUAUCGGGACCCGGCAGAAGCGGUACUCGUGCGAGUGGAUGGAUUGCUCCCGUAAAGGUCAAACGCAUGCCAGCGCAUAUGCCCUGCGUGCGCAUAUGAGGAGCCAUACUCGAGAGAAACCCUUUUACUGCACCCUCCCUGAGUGUGAUCGUAAUUUUACCCGCUCGGACGCCCUAACAAAGCACAUGCGCUCUGUCCACGAACUCGACAAUCUGCGACCUACCGAGGUCAAGGCCGCGGCCGCUGGUAGCGUGACGGGUACCCCAGUGUCGAAGCUCCAACGCAUCCGCCUCAAGCUUUCACAGCCAGCAAAAGAGCCCGGUAGCGAGACAGACCAUCCCAACGAGCCUAUCUUGACCACUAUCACCGCACAUGAUGACUCGGAAGACACAAGCAUGCCGGAAUUCGGACCAGAGCUCGGCUUCGACGAGCGCGAGCUCGCCAUGGCCCCACGCGAUCUAUACCGCCUGCUCCGACGCCAGAUAUUCUGGGCAGAGAAAGAAACCACACAGCUAAAAUCCGAAUGGGACGAGCUUCGACCGAAGCGCGAGCAGUCCUGGCUGGAGAAGGAAGCCAUCUUCGACGAUGUCAUCGACGCUGAGCUGCGGCUCUUUAGCGCCAUCGUUGGUGAUAUCGACGCUCCUCCAGCGGCACCUGGAAACCUGGCUACUAGUCUGGAAAAGCUCCAGCACCAGCAAUUGCACUUUAAGCAACAGCAGGAGCAAUUACAGGCCAAGUCCGCUGAGGUUGCUGAGGGUGAGGUCGAUGCUGCUGCUUAA